AUCUUCUUAAAUUGUAACCAAGUGGCCAGUACAACAUUCCAAUAGCAAAACAACAUUCCCAGUGGUCCAGGCCACAGAUCUUUUCAUUAAUUUGAAGCCAAGAAAAGACUGCUUCACACAGAACUCCUCCCUAAGCUGCUGCAAUGUCUGUUACAAAUUUAUCAUGGCUGAAAAAAAAGUCCCAGUCGGUGGAUAUUACUGCUCCAGGAUUCAACCCUUUGGCUGCUGCAGGAAAACAAAUGCCCCAAGCCAGUAAGCCUCCAGCACCCAAACCCCCCAUAAUUGAAGAAGAACAGAACAAUGCAGCCAACACACAGAAGCUUCCUUCCCGGAGGAGUGAGCUGAAGAGGUUCUACACCAUUGACACUGGCCAAAAGAAGACCCUAGACAAGAAAGAUGGGAGAAGAAUGUCUUUUCAGAAACCUAAAGGAACUCUGGAAUAUACUGUUGAAUCAAGGGAUUCUUUGAAUAGUAUAGCCUUGAAAUUUGAUACAACGCCAAAUGAACUUGUUCAAUUAAAUAAGUUAUUCUCCCGAGCAGUUGUUACUGGACAGGUUUUAUAUGUCCCAGAUCCUGACUAUGUCUCCAGUGUUGAGAGCUCGCCAUCUAUAAGCCCUGUAAGCCCUCUAUCACCAACAUCAUCGGAGGCUGAAAUCGAUAAGGCCACUAAUCCUGACGUCCAACCCAAAGAUGACACUCCUUCAUCUACUGUUGCUGGCAUCCGACCUGCGCGUGUUGUAUCAUCAACUUCUGAGGAGGAAGAAGCAUUUACUGAAAAAUUUCUUAAAAUUAACUGCAAAUACAUUACCAAUGGAAAGGGUACAGUCAGUGGUGUGCUGCUAGUCACACCAAAUAAUAUAAUGUUUGAUCCACAUAAAACUGACCCCUUGGUUCAAGAAAAUGGCUGUGAGGAAUAUGGCAUCAUGUGUCCCAUGGAAGAGGUGAUGUCAGCUGCAAUGUACAGAGAAAUUUUGGAUAGCAAAAUAAAGGAAUCCUUACCCAUAGAGCUAGAUGAGUUAUCAGGAAGAGACACCUGUCAUUUGAAGAAAACAGCAAGAAACAAUACAGAUGAUGUCGACUCCAGACUUCGCGAUGCAGGGAACGAUAGUGCCAGUACUGCUCCCCGGAGCACUGAAGAGUCUCUCUCGGAGGACGUCUUCACAGAGUCAGAACUCUCCCCUAUUCGAGAGGAGCACACCUCUUCCGAGCAGCCCUGCCGGGAUAAAUCAUCGGGUGCAUCGUCAGAAUCUGUGAAAACAGUCCGUCUGAGUGGAGUAGAAUGUUUGACAGUCUCCUCAGGGUCACCUAGUGCGCCUGAGCCUUUACAAUCUUCUUCUGGACAGUCUUUGAAUGAGGUUGGGGCUCCUUUUCAUCAAACUGCUGCUAGUAAUCUUGCAGUGGGCUCUAAGGAUGGUUCGGCUGGGGAUCAUUUGCCAGAAACAGCAAGCUCUGAUGAACAAACAAGUACUGGUAUUAAAGACAAUAUUGACCAGGAUUUUCUUUGGGAGGAUUCACUCCACCCAGAGGAGGGGGAGACAGCCAGUGUGCCUUGUGGGGAGGUGACAGCGGAAUCCAAACAGAAGCAACUCAGUCACAAAGGGAAACAGGGAAAGGAACAAAAUCAGGACUCAGAGACAGAGGUAGAAGAGCUACGAAAACUCUGGAAAACCCAUACCAUGCAGCAGACUAAACAGCAAAGGGAGAAUAUGCAACAGGUUUCACAAAAAGAAAUUAAGCAUAAAGUAGCAUUUGCGGACAUAGAAGGUCCCGCACUUUUAAAAGAAAAGAGGAGGCAUCAUCGGUUAUAUAAGUUCUUAUGUCUCAGGGUUGGAAAACCAAUGAGAAAAACUUUUGUAUCUCAAGCAAGUGCAACAAUGCAACAAUAUGCACAGAGGGAUAAGAAGCACGAAUAUUGGUUUGCAGUACCACAAGAAAGGACAGACCACUUGUACGCCUUCUUUAUUCAGUGGAGUCCAGAAAUAUAUGCAGAAGACAUUGGUGAAUACACGAGAGAACCUGGAUUUAUAGUAGUAAAAAAGAUGGAAGAGUCUGAAACAAAAGAGGAUCUUUCAAGUGAAGCAGCAGCCAGAGAAUGGGAGGUAGUAUCAGUGGCUGAGUAUCACCGCAGGAUCGAUGCUCUAAAUACUGAAGAACUGCGCACACUCUGCAGACGCCUCCAGAUUACUACAAGAGAAGACAUCAGUUCAAAGCAAGCUGCUCCAGUGAAAGCAGAACUGGAGUCAGAAGCUUUUCGACCAAACCUGAGUGAUCCCAGUGAGCUGUUACUGCCAGAUCAAAUUGAAAAGCUUACGAAGCAUCUUCCUCCAAGGACAAUUGGCUACCCAUGGACUCUGGCUUAUGGAACUGGGAAACAUGGCACCAGCUUGAAGACCCUUUAUCGAACAAUGACAGGGCUAGAUACCCCAGUGCUGAUGGUGAUCAAAGACAGCGAUGGGCAGGUUUUUGGUGCAUUAGCAUCUGAACCCUUUAAAGUGAGUGACGGCUUUUAUGGCACAGGAGAGACAUUUGUUUUUACCUUCUGUCCAGAGUUUGAGGUCUUUAAGUGGACAGGUGAUAAUAUGUUUUUUAUCAAAGGAGAUAUGGAUUCACUAGCAUUUGGUGGUGGAGGAGGAGAAUUUGCCCUUUGGCUUGAUGGAGAUCUCUAUCAUGGAAGAAGCCAUUCUUGUAAAACAUUUGGAAAUCAUACACUUUCUAAGAAGGAAGAUUUCUUCAUUCAAGACAUUGAAAUCUGGGCUUUUGAAUAAGUAUAUCUUAGAAUAAGGGCCCAAAUCUGACAUGGACUAGCAUUGUUUGGAAAGUUCAAGAAGCAAUACAAUGUGACAUGCCAUUUGUGCUUAAGUUAGUCUGUAUCACAUUUACUGGAGCUAUCAUUUUGGAGGGUAUGUUGUAAAUCAUGUUUAUGUCUCAGAAUUCUCUAGGCGUAUCCCAUAGUGUGGGUCCAUGUGGUAUAAUGGUUUGGAUUUUGUCUGAUUUUUGUCCCAUUCUUUGAUCAUAGUGACCACCUCAUCUCCAAUUCAUGUGAUACUAGUCUCCAAAUAUGACGGUGCUCUUCUGUUGAAUCUAUUUUGGUUUGUAUUUUUGAAUGUUUUGACAAGGGCAGCCUAAUUUGGAAAACGACAGAAUAAAGAAGUAGACCCUUUGUGUCUAUGAGGUUGGUAUAAAGUGACCUUUGGACCUGGCUCAGCUUAAUCAUGGGAACAAAUGCCAAAAUUAUGUAUACUUCAUAGACUACUAGGUUAUCAUUUUAAUUCACACUACAGCAUUUUCUUUAUUACUUUUGCAGGUAUUCUCAAUUUCAUUUUGAGAAAAAUUAAAUCUGAGCAAAAUUCUGAUUGUAAUAGACCACAGUUGCACAUGAUCUGCGGAUUUGGGCAUAUGCUUCCGUAACUAAAUUGUAUAAUAAGGAGUUAUCUAGUGACAAAAGAGAAUGAGAACUUCAUGAUUCUACUGGACUUAAUACAUCAUGACAAUAUAGUAUUUACAUAUUUGUAGUUUGGCAGGGCAUUAUCUUAAGUAUAAAACUUAUGAAACAGAUGCUCAUUUCUUAAAAAUAUGUGUCAGAUCCACUGUUUUAUAGUUCAGUUGUUUUAGCUUUGUUGCACACCAACUCCCAAAUUAUAGGUUCCUGUUCAAAAGGAAAAAAAAGUGAUUUUUUUAGUGGUAUAUGUUAUUAAUUCUAUUAGCAUUUGCUCUUAUAAAAGGGCAGUGAUUAUAGUAAACAAUAUUGUAACUGUAGAUUUGUUGAAUAUGCAGACUUACUGUCCAGUGACCUCAAAAGAAAAAAAAAACCGAUAGAA